GCUCGGCCCCCGCGCCCACCCUCUCGUCUCCGCCGCCCUCUUCCCCUCGCCUCGGGCGCUCCGCCCAGAGCGCAUCGCCCUCGCUGAGCUUCCGAAGUCCUCCACCUCCAAGUUCCAACACCCGCCAAUCGAAAUCCUCCGCUCCCGUGCCCGUGCUCCGUCGCGGCUCCAAAUACCCCGCCCCCAUCACCGAAGCACGCCGCUCCCUCUGGCUUCCCGCCUCCUCGCCUGCUCCGCGUCCCGCCGCUCCCUCAUGGCCACCGCCGCCGCUGCCGCCGCAGCAGCAGCAGUCUCCUCCCCGGCCGCCCCGCGCGCCGCGGCCACCGCCCGCCGGGGAUUCGUCACGUUCGGCGGGGGCGCCUCCCGCUCCUCGCCCGCGCUGCGGCCCGGCCGCGGGCUCUCCGGAGUGCGAACCCAUGUUGCAGCUGUUGAACAAGCCGUUGCAAAAGAUGCUACCAAGCUGGAUGCACCAGUUGUUGUUGUUACAGGUGCCUCCAGAGGGAUUGGAAAGGCUGUUGCUUUAGCCCUUGGAAAAGCAAGGUGCAAGGUUCUGGUGAACUAUGCCCGGUCAUCAAAAGAGGCUGAAGAUGUUGCCAAAGCGAUUGAAGCGGCUGGUGGUGAGGCCAUUACAUUUGGAGGAGAUGUUUCAAAAGAAGCUGAUGUAGAAUCUAUGAUGAAAGCAGCUCUGAAUAAAUGGGGAACAAUAGAUGUGCUGGUAAACAAUGCAGGGAUUACACGAGACACAUUAUUGAUGAGGAUGAAGAAAUCUCAGUGGCAAGAUGUAAUUGAUCUGAACCUUACAGGUGUCUUUCUGUGCACACAGGCUGCUACUAAAAUAAUGAUGAAGAAAAAAAAGGGAAGAAUUAUCAACAUGGCAUCAGUUGUUGGUCUUACUGGCAAUGUUGGCCAAGCUAAUUAUAGUGCAGCCAAGUCUGGUGUUAUUGGCUUCACAAAAACCGUUGCCAGGGAAUAUGCAAGCAGAAAUGUCAUCGUCAAUGCUAUUGCACCAGGGUACAUUGCAUCUGAUAUGACUGCCGAACUUGGGGAAGAUCUUUUGAGUAAACUUGUGACAACCAUUCCAUUAGGGAGAUUAGGCGAACCAGAGGAAGUUGCAGGGUUAGUCGAAUUUUUGGCCCUUGAUCCUGCGGCUAGCUAUAUCACCGGACAGGUAAUUACCAUUGACGGAGGGAUGGUAAUGUAAGGUUUGCGUGAGCUUGAUAGACUUGGACUUCUCCUUAGCCUAUAAUGGUGUGUACGCUUCUGUGCAUCAGGCGAUUUUUGUACUACACUUUUAGGAUUGCCUCUGGUUUUGUAACACUCACCAGGAAUAAAUCGGCGUGUUGAAGUUGAAAAA